UUUUUGUUUAGCAUUUCACAUUGCACGAUCACGUAUUUAUUUGACGCAGAUUUCGUCGUAUCAGUGAAUAAUAGAAAUUCCCAUAAAUAUUUCUUUUACUUACAUAAAAUAUGAACGUGCUUGAGCGAAUAUUAAACAAUUAAAAAUUUUAAACAGUUUUAAAUAUUAAUUGAAUACAAAAUCAUCAUUUCAACUACAUACAGAUUUUGUUCAUAUGAUUGUUGUCACUAAAAAGAUUAACAUGGUGGAGUAUUUGUGUGUCAAGUGGUCAAUCGUUCACAUUGAAAUGGGUCACAGGAAAAUUGGUGAUAAAACUGCAACCUAACCAUUUUGAAAAAGAUACUUGGUGGUUUGUCAAUAUGUCUGAUAAUUUUCAUAUGCAAAACAUUUCAACUGACCAGAAAUUACAUCACAUGUUGUUUUCAAGUGUUGGUUUUCAACCUGUGUGUCGCGGCUUCCGAGGACGUCAUCGGUUAUUAUCAAAGGAUCCGCGGUCGCAAUAGAAACUAAAAUUUAAAAAAUAAAAACUUGAUUGGAUCUGUCAAAUUGUUAUCUAUGGAACACUUUUCACAACUUAUUGUUACUUAUUGUUCAAUUCCAAAAUUAUUUUGCUGAGGACGAUCUGAAAAUGUGGAAAUGAGAAAUUUUCACACAACAUUUCUUCAUCUGAAUGUAAGAUAUAUACAACUAACAUUAUGGUCAAUCGGAUAGACAAUUUCUUUAAUUUUGAAUUCGACGAUCUCAACCAGAUACAAGAUGCCGUAGACGUUGAAAAUGCAAUACAAAAAUAUUCUACAUAUUUAGAGAAUACCGUCAAUGUACUUAAUAUGUAUGACGAGUAUGCACAUCUCAGAGCUCCAAAUGAACUGAUCGACAAAAUAUUUGAUAUGAUAUGCAAAGCGUGGGACGUUCCCAACUGCAAGCUCGGGUACUGGCUGUGCAACACGUUACGGGAUUGUGGUGGACUAGAUUUAUUAAUAAAUAAUUGCGUGUCCCAAGACCAAGAUCUACAGUUCUCCAGCGCCAGAUUGCUAAAGCAAUGUUUGAUAACAGAAAAUUGUGAAUAUGUAUUGGAAAAGGGGGUAGAUAAAGUCAUGCACGUAGUAUGCGAGUACAAGAAACAAAUUAGCUCGGUGGAUAAAUCGAAUGUAAGCACUGGAAUUCUUGAAAACUUAUUUAAACACAAAAAAAUUAUGUGUAGUAGUGUAAUACAACUCGGUGGUUUAGACGUAUUGCUUUAUGAGUACCGACACCGAGACAUUGUGACACUGGAACAGUGCGCCAGUGCUCUAGCGAACUUAUCGCUGUAUGGAGAACCAGAAAACCAAGAUCAUAUGAUAAGGCAUUACGUACCCACAUGGUUGUUUACGUUGGUGUUUAACACAGAUGUUGACAUCAAGUAUUACGCUUUCUUGGCAAUUGUGGUUUUGGUCACUAAUAAGGAAGACAAGGUGACUAUGAUAAAUCCUGAACAUUUAAAUUUGAUUAAUCCGUCUGUCACCACGCACAUAUCGACAGAAUCUAAUAUGGCUCCACAUACUCUAGGCCAAAGUCAAAACUGGCUUAAGAAACUUGUCCCGGUUUUAAGUUCCACUCGUGAGGAAGCGUGCAACUUGGCUGCGUUCUAUUUUUGCAUGGAUGCCGGAAUCAAAAGGCAACGUGGUGUGACCAGCAUAUUCAGAGCAAUCAACGCGAUUGGACCAUUAAGAAAAGUAGCCAGUUAUGGAAACAUUAUAGCAUCUAAAUUAGCAGCUAAAGCAUUACGAUUGAUCGAUGAUGGGGUACCCCACCAACUCGGUCGAAAUGUCCCCGAAUGGUCAGUAGACGACGUACAUAAAUGGGCCACACAAAGUGAGCUUAACGAGUACGCCAAUAACUUAUCGGAAAAUCUUGUUGAUGGUGAUCUUUUGUUACAAAUAACCGAGGAAAACUUGAAAAACGACAUAGGAAUAAAGAAUGGAAUUAUGAUAAAAAGAUUUAUGAGAGAACUAGACAAUUUAAAACAAUCAGCCGACUACAGUAGUAAAGAUCCAACUGGUGUGCAGUCGCUACUCGAGUCGAUCGGGCCAAAAUAUACCGUGUACACAUAUCCCAUGUUGAAUGCAGGAGUUAACAGGAAUUCGAUCAGGGAAUUAACGGUAGAUCAGAUUGUAAACGAUUGCGGAAUCACAAACAGCAUACAUCAAAGCCGUAUACGAUAUUUAAUUGAAAAUCAUAUAGAAAUUCAUUCAAUGGAAUCGUCAUUGGAUGUAUUUAUCAGUUACAGGCGAUCGAAUGGAUCUCAGUUGGCAAGUUUGAUCAAAGCUUACCUAGAAAUUCAAGACUAUCGAGUGUUUAUCGACGUGGUACGUUUGGAAAAUGGAAAUUUUGGACAUAACCUAUUAAAACAUUUAAAACUAUCAAAAAACUUCGUGCUUGUAUUAACUCAAAAUUCGUUGGACCGAUGUGUUGGCGAUAACGAUUGCAAUGACUGGGUUCACAAGGAAAUUGUGACUGCGAUGCAGAAUCGGCUGAAUAUAAUUCCCAUCAUAGCAGAAAAUUUUACUUGGCCAGAACUGCUUCCAGCGGAUAUGCGCGAUUUACGAACGUAUGAUGCGAUACAGUGGUCACACGAAUUUCAGAAUGAAUGCAUGGAUUCCAUCUCGAUGGCUAUUCGUGGUGAUUUGAUUUGGCCAUCUAGAUAAGGCCAGUUCUGGUCUUUCAUCAUACCUGUCCUUAGUGAUGGGUGGUUAACCCGUUGUCAAGGGUAAUUCUAUAGUCAUUCCGAAUAUUACCGUCCACCGAACUACCCUUUGGGGACCGCCUACCAUCACCUACUGGCUACCAUGUGACUCUGUCUCUGUAAAAUGGAUAGAAAUUUAAAACAGCAGAGCAUAUUAAACAUAAUAUACAUUACUAAUAUCAUAUUAUAUUACUAUUAUUACAAAGAACGCACAUUA